CAUAUAUGUAUACAGGACUAGUGCGACGGAGCUUCGCCAGUUCGCUACUCUCCCUCCUACCUGCUAACAAAGUCCUGUAAUAUCCCGCCAUGCUGAAUCCAGGCCGACACCCUGGAAUAUGUUCUAUUUCUGCCGUGUCAUCGAAUGUCACUAUGGGGAAGGUACGACCGUCAUUUGUGAAUUCCAAGCACGCCAGAGUCACGGGACAAAAACGCCGCAGCCUUUACCCGAAGUACGCUGUUGUGGGUGUGGUCUUGUCAACUCUCUGCAAUCCUGUGUUGGGUGUCAUGGCGGUCUUUGCAUAUGUGCGAGCCAAAAACGCAUAUGCGCAUGGGCGUUUCGUGACGGCCGGUAGUUACAUGAACAUUGUUUUUAUUCUCGGAAUUAUCGGGAUUUCCAUGACUUUACUGGCAGCCGUAGUAAUUUAUAUCCAUAGUUCUGAAGAAUUCGUCCUUGUCGAUGAUGAAGUUGAAAUAAAAACGACUAAUUCAGCAACACCAAAAAACCUUGGUUACCUACACGGCAAACAUUUGUUCAGAAAGACUAAAGAAAAGAAAUUGAAAGAAGACGCCUUCCCGUUUAAACCUUCUUCCUCAGAACAGGUUAAAGUUAUUGGAGUUGUAUUUGAAACAAAUGCCACUCUUUUCAAAGGACAGGUACGGAAUAAAACGGAUAUGGAAAGCGUCGUCGGUACAAUGAUGGAAAAGGGUGAUGUCAUUCCGGCACUGAAGGAAACCAACCGCGAAAAGAUCAAGACCGUCAGAGAAAUGGACAACAAUAGCAGAGUGGUCAAGGAUGUGUAUGAUCUUACUGGUGGCCGGAGAGUAAGGGAAGCUGACAGGGCCAGGUCCAGAUGUAACUGUACAAAGAGAAGGAGACAGAGAGUGGACGCUUGCCAUCAGCUCCAGCAACUACUCAAGGGGAACUCGAUAAAAGUGCGGAUGAAGAUGAAACACCCUCUGUUCGGAUGGAAGCCUGUUACUAUUAAAAUCACGGACCAUACCGACUGUUUUGAAAUAUGAGAAACUGAAAUCGAACAGACAGAGCGACGAGAAACUGUUUUGGAAUACGUUGAAAAGAGUCCCGCUUCAUGACAGAGGUGCCCAUAGGAGAACUUCAACAUUACAGGAAUUAUUGUGUGUGUCUUGAGCCGAGAUAUGCUUUGUAUCAAGAACGAUCGUUGGACAGUUUUGUAGAGUUCCAAUCGGAUAAAUAGAUUUACAGUCGGAUAAGACAAUAUAAACAAAACUUUAUAGACAAAUAUUCUAAAACAAAAUAUGGCUGCCAAAAAAAUAUUACCCUGAUUUCGAUCGGUUAAUAAAUAAUUUCAGUAACCGAGAAGAAGAGUCAACCUCUCAGGUUGAUAAAAAAGACAUCGACCUCAUUUCAAGUCAAUUCAUAUACAUGUUUGUGUGGGUAUGUACUUUGUUGUAACGUUAGAAGUGAACAUUCAAAUCUGAAAUUCUGUCGGAUUACUUAGCAAUGAUUUUUGUAAGGCGUGUAUCUGAAACUUUUCAUCAACAUUAAAGCUUUAAAUACCCAAAUCAAUAUAAAUCUGAAGGCGUUGGACAGUGUACAUGAUAUGUUUUCAAACGUUGUAGGUUUAUAUACUUCUUAUAUCUAUGUCAUUAUUUCUUAUAUACGCGUGUAUCACAUUUUAUUGACCAUUUUUGUACAUUUAGUGGAUUUUUUCUAAUUUCUCUUCUUCUUAGGUUAAUUUCCUCUGAUUUCAAUUGUCAUGAUCUUUUCUUUCUCUUUUCUUUGAGUUCAAUUAUCAUGAUUUAGCUGAAAUGAUUUCUCUCACGAAGCAUAAUUCCUGUUAGCUGCACCAAAGACACAUGGUAACAAGCAGAUAUUAUUCUUUGUGCUCGAGCCAACUUUCUUAGUAACUUGUUAAAACCAUGUAACACAGUAAAAAGUCAAAUGUAAACAUUAAAAA